CCCAACAACUAGCUCACUUUAGUUCGGAUACUGACCCAUCAGCAGUGACUGCCAACACCUUGGGGGUGACUGAGGCAUUCUCUGCUCUGUCUGGGGAGUGAACCCAACGAGGUGUGCUUGCCUGCUUCCUCGGAAACUAGACACAGCUGGUCCCCCCGAGGGCGGAGGCUGAGCGUUGCAGGCACGACCUGACCUUGGCCGCUCUCCUGUCUCCCAGGCAGCCGGCUACCUGAUAGAAACCUCCAUCGGCUAUAGUUGGAAACCUUCAGUCGUUAUCUCUCUGGUGCCUACCCCUCCUCCAGCACAGCCCCGGGAACACGGCAGGCAAUGGGAACUGUAGCUCUGCGGCGUCACCCACAUAAUAUGAUUUAUAAAAUUGUCGGUCUUGGCAGCGCGAUGCUCAGGUACAGCCGCACGUUUCGCAAGUGCAGAUGCCAGGUCGCGUUAUUGCGCAGGCGCUCUGGCUAGGAUGCUUGGGGCGGGGGAGGGGGACAGUGCGCAAGCGCGUGGGGUUGGCGCGGACGUGACGUCACCGUGUGCGACGUGGGAGUGGGAGCUGGGACCUGUAGGGCCUUGGUACCGGGAAUCCCGGGGAGAGGUCCUGCACGUUACCACAAUGUUCGGCUCCAGCCGGGGCGGCGUGCGCGGCGGGCAGGACCAGUUCAGCUGGGAGGAUGUGAAGACAGACAAGCAGAGGGAGAACUACCUGGGCAACUCGCUGAUGGCCCCAGUGGGCCGCUGGCAGAAGGGCCGUGACCUCACUUGGUACGCUAAGGGCCGGGCGAACAGCGCUGGACUGAGCCGGGAGCAGGAAUUGGCGGCUGUGAGGCAGGCGGAACAGGAGGCGCUCAUGGCAGCUCUAGGCUACAAGAACGUAAAGAAGCAGCCCACCGGCCUGAGCAAGGAGGACUUUGUCGAAGUUUGUAAGCGGGAAGGUGGUGACCCGGAGAAGGGAGUGGACCGGCUUCUGGGUCUAGGGAGCUCCAGUGGCUCUGUAGGGCGAGUGGCGCUGUCCCGGGAAGACAAAGAGGCCGCUAAGCUGGGGCUUUCGGUAUUCACGCACCACCGCGUGGAGAGCAGUCGGCCAGGGACCUCCUUGGCUUUGGCCAAGAAGAAGCCUCGGUCAGAGGAGAAGGUGGAGCCGGGUCCUGAAAGCCACAGGAAGAGCAGGAAAGAGAAGAAAAAGAAGAGGCACAAGAAAGAGAAGAGGAAGAAAGAAAAGGAGCGUGGGAGAAGGCUGGACUCCUCACUGCCCCCUGCCCCUGUCCAGCGUGACUCUGACUCCUCAACUUGCUGCAAGAAGCGCAGGCAUGACAGCGACUGAGGCCCAGGGGUCUGAAGGACUGGCCUGUGGGGGUUACCCCAGGCUCCCAGAGAGGCUUGCAGGUCCCUCAGUCAUGUCCGACUCUGUGACCCCAUGGACUGUAGCCCGCCGGGCUCCUCUGUCCAUGGAAUUCUCCAGGCCAGAAUACUGAAGAGGCUUAGUUGUGGCCCAGUAUGGCUACUGCUAUUUUUCUUUGUAUUGACUCCCUCUUUGUACUUAAAUAAACUUAUUUUAAGUGGCAA